AGCCGGGCGCAGCUGGACGUUUGCGGCACGGCGCCGCUCAACACGAAGGGCGACAGCAGGAUCGUGGGGGGGGAGGAUGCCCCCGCCGGGUCCUGGCCCUGGCAGGCCAGCCUACAACGGAGGGGUUCCCACUUCUGUGGGGGGUCCCUGAUCAACAACAUGUGGGUCCUGACUGCUGCUCACUGCUUUUCCAGCAAACUCACCUGUGAGCGCCAGCAGGAAUCCGCUCAGGAACGCUGCGACCCUCAUGCUGUGAUUCUGUCGUCUGACUGGAGCCUGGCGGCCAGAGGCUCACCUGUACCUGCCCACCUGGGAGGCCCCGCCCACCUGAGAGGCCCCGCCCACCCGAGAGGCCCCGCCCCCAGACAGGAGCCCAGCCUU